CUCACUUAAAUAAACAGAGACACCUCCUCCAAGAAAGGGAAAGACAUUUUAUCCCGAGAAUUUACAUACACACGCACCGGGAAGGUGUCACUUCCCGCUUAUCGCAGGACUGCAGCGAUGUGAGAGAUAGAGAGAAAUGUCACUUUUCCUCACAAUGCGAUAAGAUGCAAUUAAGCAAACAGUGGAAGAAGAGGACCAAAAGCCCAACAGAACGGCGCGCAUAAAGAGGAGUGCACUUCUCCAACACAAGCAACAGCAGUAACGCCACGCGAGCACGGCAAGGGUGUGCUUAAUUGAAUUAAAGGCAAACAAAGCGAAAGCCAGAGGAUGGAAACUGUGCGUAAUCAAUCCGUUCCCAGCGUCACACUGGAAUCAGCUGCACCGGUCACAGAGGGUGGUAUCAACAUCGCGAAACGAUAUCCGGACCGGUCGGACAAUUUGUACUUCCUGUUCAUCCCUUUGGCGGUACUGGUCACGGUGAUGCUGCUGUCCGUUGUGGUGUACUUGAUGGCUAGGAGACGCCAUAAGAUUCGCUCGAAGUACAGCUACGUUCCCAGCUUUAGUUUCGAAUCGUCCGAUCUGGACGACGAGCGGGAGGAACGCGAAACCGAUCAUCUGCUGAAGGGCGGGAAGCUGCGCCUGGAGGAGCCGCCGUUCGAGGAAGCAUCCGGCGGGAAUCCGUUUGCCGGGCAACGGUACGGGGGCAGCCACGAGUUGUUCGCCUAAUACAAUUAAGCAAAGUGUCCCACUUUUCCGCACGGUUAGCUUCUUGGUAGGUUAGAAUAGAAUAACCCUAACGGUUUGUGAUACACUUAAAUCGAUAGAGCAGUCGUUGGCCAGUUACACACCAAAGAAAAUACAAUGGAACCAUCGAUUGGAUCGGAUUCGAUUGGAAAAAAGUAUUGCGAUUAGGAACUUACUUAACUACACAGUACUGCCAG